AUGAAGUCCCUUCUUUCUCUCGGAGCCCUCAUCGGCGCGGCCUCGGCUCAGGCAGGUGCCUGGGCUCAGUGCGGUGGCCAAGGCUGGACCGGAGCGACGACCUGUGUCUCUGGCUACAGCUGCACUGCCACGAACCAAUGGUACAGCCAGUGUAUCCCCGGCUCCAGCCCGCCUCCGGCCGGAACCACUCUUGUUACGAGGACGACAUCGACGGUCUCGCCCACGCCUCCCCCGGCUAGCAACGGCGGGUGGAAAUGGGUUGGAGUCAACGAGGCCGGAGCAGAGUUUGGCGAGAAGACUCUGCCUGGUACAUGGGGCAAGGAGUUUACUUUCCCCGACCUUUCGACCAUCUCCACACUCCGCGGCCAGGGAUACAACACGUUCCGUGUCCAGCUCAAGAUGGAGCGCCUGACGCCGGGCUCUCUGACCAGCGGUUACAACAACGCCUACCUGCAGAACUUCACGCAGGUGGUCAACCACAUCACUCAGAGCGGAGGGUGGGCCGUCCUGGACCCGCACAACUACGGCCGCUUCAACGACGCCAUCAUCACCGACACCAACGGCUUCCAGACGUGGUGGAAGAACUUCGCCACCCUGUUUAAGAACAACGACCACGUCAUCUUUGACACCAACAACGAGUACAACACCAUGGACCAGACGCUCGUGCUCAACCUCAACCAGGCCGCCAUCAACGGCAUCCGCGCCGCCGGCGCCACGCAGUACAUCUUCGUCGAGGGCAACGCGUGGUCCGGCGCGUGGUCGUGGGUGGCCACCAACGACAACAUGAAGGCCCUCACGGACCCCCUGAACAAGAUCGUCUACGAGAUGCACCAGUACCUCGACUCGGACAGCUCCGGCACCUCCCCGAACUGCGUGUCCACUACCAUUGGCGUCGAGCGGGUCCAGUCCGCCACCAACUGGCUGCGCCAGAACGGUAAGGUCGGCAUCAUCGGCGAGUUCGCCGGCGGCGCCAACCCCCAGUGCCAGGCCGCCGUCAAGGGCCUUCUCGACUACCUCAAGGCCAACUCGGACGUGUGGACCGGCGCUAUCUGGUGGGCGGCCGGGCCCUGGUGGGGGGACUACUUGUACAGCUUCGAGCCUCCCUCCGGCACGGGGUACCAAUACUACAACAGUCUUCUCAAGAGCUACAAUGUUUAA